AUGCUGUCGAAACUCUUCAUUCUCGUCUCCGCGGCUUCGCUGAUUGCUGCCCAGAGCACUACCACGACCACAGUCGAUGCGGCCGCGUCCGCCUCUAUCGUUGCGGCCUACCAGUCGCAGCUGAGCAGCGCGAGGUCGGCGGAGGCUUCGCAACUAACGGCGGCGCCGGCCACCGCCUCGGGCACCGCACUCCAGGCCAUACAAAAUAGCCUACAGUCCGGACUCUCCUUCACAGAGUCCUCACUCGGGAGCGUCCAGAGCGCGGCGCUGCAGUCGAUCGGCGUGGUAUUUACUACCACUACCACAGCCUCGUCCGCUACCACCACCACGGCUACCGACUCCUCGGUCUCGACGACCACCGCCACUGAUUCGUCGGCUACGACCACUACCGCUACUGAUACGUCUGCUACGACGACUUCCACCGCCAGCGAUUCGUCAGUCACGACGACCACGACUGCCACUUCUGGUACCGCGAGCAAGACUGCGAGCCCCAGCUCAGGCGCGGCUGCUGGCCCGACCAUGGUCUCGGAGUGGAGAGGUGUUCUCGUUGGCGGUGCGGCGCUUCUCGCCGCUGCCUUGUAA